CUUAACAGCAAACUAUCUGAAGACAGUAUCUCAUCAUCCAGUUGCCAUGAAGACUGUUUUGACUCUGCUCUGCCUUUUUUCUCUUGCCUGCCACAGCCAAGCUCUGAAAUGUUACACCUGCUCGACAACCAGCGAGGAAGAGUGCGACAAGGAGGGCUCCAUCUCUUGUCCAGCUUAUGCUGACGCCUGCGCCACCAUCACAGGCCCGAACACCGUGAUAAAGUCAUGCUCAUACAUGGACUUCUGUAAGAAAGCACAUAGUAACAACUCAGGAGCCAAAAUUGAGUGCUGCUUUGCCGAUGACUGCAACAGGCCCCGUCCCAGCCAACAAGUCAACACCGCAGGAGCUCUGUCAACCAGCCCGCUCGUCUUGAUCACACCGCUGCUCCUGCUGCUGCACAAUGCCUUCUGUUAGUUCUAAACUCCUCCACCUAGUUUGUUCCUGCCUCCUUCUCGUCUGUUUUAUUACAAAUGUCAUCCAUCCAAGUUCAAAGAGGAUCUGCAAUCUCACAGAGAGUUUCUGGUGGUUUGAAAUUGGUGUAAAAACAAGAAGAAUAUCAUCUAAUGAUGGCGGUGGUGCAGGGAUGUUUUGGUACUACAUGCGUAUGGUGCAGUUCAGCAGUUUUCACUGCCACUGAAAACUUAAAACAUUUUCUAAUAGUUGCACAAUGAGAUGAGGUACUGCUAUAAAGUAACAUGUGAACCUGGGAGUGUUUAUGAGGCACAAAUAUGUGAAAAGUCAAGAACUCCUACUCACAGCUCUGUGCAGACAGGGGGUGGCAAGUGUGGUUUCGGUACGCGCGACAGCUCACUUCACCACAUAGAAUCAAAUUAUUCUCUGUUGUUACCACGGCACUCUGAUCAUUUAUUGUGCUUUCUAGUUUGUCUGAAUAAAGGCAUAUUCACACCUCA